CAAGUUUGGAGCUUUUAGCUGCCAGCCCUGGCCCAUCAUGUAGCUGCAGCACAGCCUUCCCUACCAUUGCAAUUGGAAAAAAUCACUUUCCAAUCUGUUUUGCAAGGUGUGCAUUUCCACUUUGAUUUCCUGAAGGAUCAUCUGCUGCAUCGAUCAAGAAAAACUUCACUUGCAUGAAGACUGCGGGUCUGCAGCUUGAAUCUUUAUUGCAAAACUAGCUACAGAAGAGAGGCAAGGCAAAGUCUUUUGUGCUCCCCUCCCCCAUCAAAGGAAAGGGGAAAAUGUCUCAGCCAAAAGGCAGGAAGCGGAACCCUGGGUUGAAGAUUCCAAAGGAAGCAUUUGAACAACCUCAGACCAGCUCAGCACCUCCUCGGGAUUUAGAUUCCAAGGCUUGCAUCUCAAUUGGAGAUAAGAAUUUUGAAGUGAAGGCUGAUGACUUGGAGCCUAUAGCAGAACUGGGACGAGGUGCAUAUGGGGUGGUGGAGAAGAUGCGACACAUGCCUAGUGGGCAGAUCAUGGCAGUGAAGCGAAUCCGAGCAACUGUGAAUAGCCAGGAACAGAAGAGGCUACUGAUGGACCUGGAUAUCUCCAUGAGGACAGUGGAUUGCCCUUUCACAGUCACCUUUUAUGGUGCACUCUUUCGGGAGGGUGAUGUGUGGAUCUGUAUGGAACUCAUGGAUACCUCACUGGAUAAGUUCUACAAACAAGUCAUUGAUAAGGGUUUAACAAUCCCAGAGGACAUCUUAGGGAAAAUUGCAGUUUCUAUUGUAAAAGCCCUAGAACAUUUACACAGUAAACUUUCUGUCAUUCAUCGAGAUGUGAAGCCAUCUAAUGUAUUGAUCAAUACACUGGGUCAAGUGAAGAUGUGUGAUUUUGGUAUUAGUGGUUACCUGGUGGACUCUGUGGCCAAAACUAUGGAUGCAGGAUGUAAACCCUACAUGGCUCCUGAAAGAAUAAAUCCAGAACUAAAUCAGAAGGGGUACAAUGUGAAAUCUGACAUUUGGAGCCUGGGCAUCACAAUGAUUGAACUGGCAAUCCUUAGGUUCCCCUAUGAUUCCUGGGGGACACCAUUUCAGCAGCUCAAGCAGGUGGUGGAAGAACCAUCACCUCAACUUCCAGCAGACAAGUUCUCAGCAGAGUUUGUCGACUUUACCUCACAGUGCUUGAAGAAGAAUUCCAAAGAACGGCCAACAUAUGCAGAACUUAUGCAACAUCAGUUUUUCACUCUGCAUGAAUCCAAAGCAACAGAUGCAGCAUCUUUUGUAAAACUGAUUCUUGGAGACUAAAAACCAUUGGACUCAAUCACUUGACCCUCCUGUGGAUUGGUGGGUUUAGGGGGUGGAUCUUCUUCACUAAAGCAUCAAUAGAAACUUGGCAUUGAGAUGAUGCUAUUUUUUAACCCUGCCUCUCCGAAGGUUGUUUGUUUGUUUAUUUUUAUUUUUUUUCCUAAAAGGGUCUUGGAAUCUAUAGUGUAUAGAAUGAACUGUCUAGUCAGAUGAAAUAUAAGGCUCAGACUUUACAACUUUGAAAAGGUGAUUAAAUAUUUAAUGACAUGUCACAAGACUCCUUAACCUUCUCAGCCUUUUCCUGUUCCUUUCCAAGGAGAAUACAUUUGUCUGGGUUAAUAGGUGCUAUGGUAGUUAUGAAGUCCUAUGUAGAUUUAUAUUUUGUUCCUCCUAUUAUUUUAAUAUUUAUGUUUAAAUGCUUGAUUUGAAUAGAUUCUGUUUUAUGUGAGGGAGACCUUGUGAACGAGAAGGCUAUGAUGGCAAUAUUUAUGGGGCUUUGCAGGGGAAAGGGUUAAAGAACUUUUGGGCUCUAAAAGGAACAAUUUAAUAUGCAUCUUUAAGAAUGAUAACAAUCUUUUCUUCCCAAGAGCCUAUUCCAACCAUUGUUGCUGCUGCUGCCACCUUCCCAAAUACCUUGUCCAAUACUGGGUAUUCAUUAACUAUUUGGUGUGAUGUGAUAAGGCAUCCUAGUACUACUUUUCUGACUUUGGAAGAAGUAAAAUCACUUUAUCAUGGCUCAAAGUGGAGACACAGCUUGCUUCUCAUGGCAUUUAUGACACUUUUAACUUGAUUGUGAUAUAUACCUACCCCCCUACAGAAGGAGGGCAUAUAUGUACAUGUGUGUAUGUGUGUGUAUGUGUAUUUGUUUUUGGUAAGCUGUGAGUCUUGCCAAGGGUCUUCUAUUUAUAUUAUUCUGUAUUCAGUAAGGAUGAUUCCUUAUCAAUGUCUUAGGGGGUCAUGGAGGGAUAUUAUAUAUCCAACCAAUCAGGGAACUGGUGCCUUCUUCUGGUUCUAUCUGUUCUGAAGUGUGUUCUGAAAUACCACAGGUAUUAUUUCUUUAUCUUUGUGGCUAAUGGAGUGUUUAUUCUUCUUCUCAACCCCCUACUCAGUGAAGGAGUUUCACCAUUAAUCAUUUUUCUUCUUAAUGGAGGAGCUCUAUCAGGAAAAAAUUAGGGGAAGCUUGUGGUUUCUUGGAUAAGAUGAGGAGAAUCAGGAAGAUAAGUUAGUGCCCUUGUGCUGACUCCAAGUUUCCACAGGCUGCAAACAGGAAGAAGUUUCCCGCUGGCAAUUCAUUAUCAUUGGACACAGGCGGCUAGUUCCAUUGGAACUCUAAGGAGGGUACACAGUCUGAUUCAACGAAUCUAAUUCUUUCCUGUGGCUGCCUCUGGAUUUAGACUCUGUGAUGUUGGACUCUGGGUGGUCAUAAGACCAAGAAUGGUCAAAGGUUCCAGGUAAAUUUCAGAUCUGCUAUAACCCAGGAACACUUAUUGGCCUUGGACAUAAUUCAUGCUCAGAGCAUGCUCCUGAAGUAUGAGGACAUCUGGGGUUUUAAUGAAAAGUAUUGAUUACGAUUUCUCACAAUGCUGAUCUUCAACAGGGAGAAGCACUAGGAGGCAAUGAUUAGCUCUACUACACAUUUGGAAGUUGCUGUUGUUUCUUUGAUCUCUUUCACUUGUUGCCUUCUAAGUGCAGUAGUGUUUGGUGCAUGCAAGGGCCAUCUUUCUUUGUGUCUACUUCAUGUGAAAGAAGAUCUGUGUUUCCUUCUGCUUUUAUUGCAUAUAUUAUUGUUGCCAAUAUACUUUUCCACAUUUGGAAGAGGAACAUCGGGCCAAUGAGUAUAUAAAACUUUCUCUGUCUCCCCAAUUUGAGAAGUUAUAUCUGUGGUACCUUGAGAAGAUAUAUGGAGAAAAAAGACAAAAUAUCACCAUGCACCUAGCUCUGCAAGUUUUUAUUUAGACAGAGGACUGUUUAUUCUGCUUAGUUUAAAACAGAGCUAUCAACCCUUAUGGCUUUGAAUAGCCUUAAAUGGUUCUGCUAGAAGGGGCAAAUGCCUUCUAAUAAAACAAGAGGCUGAAGCAUAUGGUCAGAAAAAAAAUACUUGUCAAUGUUUACUAUGGCUUGUAAUGUUUUCUGCCUUGUGAGAAUAAAAAUUAUUGGAGGGUGGGUGGGAAACAGAGGGCUUGACUAGAAACAGUUUUGAUUACAUCUUUAGGUAAAGUGUGAAGGUUUUCUUUUUAAAAUAAAACAUCAACUCAUAAAAGAUCUGAGUCAAACAACUUUUACCAACAGUUCUCUACAGUUCUGAUUUUCCAUAUGUUGAUAUAUACACAUAUGUAUACAUACAUGUAUGAAAUACAUACCUUUACAUGUAUAGUCCCUGCUAUAUAAGCACUUGAUUUGUGAAUUACCCAUUCAUACAAAGGGGCAAUAGGAGAGCAUGUGGGCUCAGCCCCUUGAUGAACACAACUUCCCCUUUCCUGUAAAUUCAGAACACUUCAGAAUAAUUGACAUCUGAGAGGUACCUUCAACAAAUAUUGAAUCAUAGAAUGCUAAAGCUAAAAGGAACUCAGAGACCAUUUAGUCCAUUUCAUUUCUGACCUAGAAUCCUUUCUACGUGGUGAAUGGUCACAUGGUUUUUGCCUAAAGAUGUCCAGUGAAAGGAUAUUUCACUACCUCAUGAAGUAGCCCAUUCUGCUUUCAUAUUGAUCUAAUUAUAAGGAGGUUUUGCCUUAUGUUAAUUCUACAUUUUCCUAUUAGCAACUUCUGCCCUUUGCUCCUAGGUCCUCCUUUUGGGACCAGGAAAAACAAGACAAAUUUCUCUUCUAAAUGAUGACCAUCUUUAGAAGCAUCCUAGCUCCACUUUCAUCUUUUUUCUUUUUCCCAACUAUCUACCCUACUCCUUUUUUUUAAUUCUUAGCUUUUUAGGUGCCAUUUCUAAUCCAGAUGCACAGAUGACUCUUACAUAAAAGAUAGCCAUUGUUUCUCCCCAAAUAUUUUUUUUGCAUCUAGUUAUCUCUAAUUCAUUCAGUUGAUGCUCAUAUGACACAAUCUUGAGACCCUUCACCAUUUUGAUUGUUGUCUUCAGUAAGGUUGUUGAUAAACUAGGUUGUUGAUAAACUUCCUAAAAUAUGGCAUUUAGAAGUAGCUUGACACUCUAGAAGUGGUCUAGCAAAGGGAGAAUGAUGUAGUACUAUCACUUUACUUUCACUAGACAUUAUGAUUCUCUUAAAGCUUUUAUUACCUUUCAUAGCUAUAUAUAUAUUGAUUCCUACAUUGAAGCUAAAGCCAACUAAACUUCCUUCAACCUUUUUCUUUUAUCUAGCCAUGUCUCCCCAUACAUUAUACUUAAAAUGUUGAUUUUUUUAACCCUUUUGACUUCUUAAAAAAUUCUAUUAAAUUGCAUAUUAGUAAAUUUGAACCAAUGUCCUAACUUGUCAGUAUCUUUUAAAAUCUUGAUUCUGUCCUACAAUGCAUUAGCUAUUCCUCUUAGUUUUCAUGACUUCUACAAAUGUGAUAUACUUUCUAGAUCUUUAUGAGGUCAUUGGUAAAAAUGUUAAGGAUGUCUUUGGUAAAAAUGUUAAGAAUAUAUCCAAGCAUAAAUACCUUGGUCAGUUCACUUACACUUUUCUUUCAAAUGGAAUUCAAACCAUUCCCAACUCGGUCUAGCCAUUAAAGUAGUGCCAAAUCUGUGUAACUGUAAUAUAGUCUAAUCCUAAGCCAUAUCAUUCUAUCUUUGCCACAAGAAGAGCAUGAUAUACUUUGUUAAAUACCUUCAUUUAAUCCAUUAGUAAACAUUUAAAUAUCUAGAAUAUGUCAGAUACUGUGCUGUGGUUAGAAUAUAAAAAGAGACAAAGGAUAGACUUUACCCUCAAUGAUCUUAUAAUCUAAUGAGGGAGAGAUCUGGGUAAACUAUCUCUUGCAUUCAUUAGAUCUACUAGUAUAGCAAAUCCUAUUAAAAGAGGAAAUAAGAUUAAUGUUUCAUGAUCUGUUCUGGAUAAGAACAUGCAGGUUAUUCAUUAUACCUGCUUCUUUUUUAAGAUUUCUAUUAUCUUGUCAGGAAUGAAAGUUUGCUAAUUUGACAAUGGUUUGUAGAGUCAAUUUUCUUCCAUUUAAUUAAAAUCAUCACAAUAUUUGUAGCCUUUAGGUCCAUGACCUUUGACUGGUUGGUCACUGCCAGGAGUUUGGCAGUUUAUGUGGUCUAGUUGUCUAAGUGAAUGAAUCAAAUAAUAGAAUCCUUUAUUAGACACUUAUAUAUGAGACUUUGUUAAAGUACUGAAGGUGCAUAUAAAAUUGAGACAGUUUCUAGGGUGUAUUUCAUUGGGUACCACCUCAUUUAUCUUGAGUAUCAGCUUCCAUUUAUCCAUUUUAGCUCUGCCCUUUCUAGUCUUUUUUUAAAAUUCUUUGCUUUUUAAGAUGCCAUUUCUAAUCCAGAUACAUAGACUUAAGAGACUAAUAGUCAAUUACCAUUUACCCUCUGUGCCCUCUAAGUAGGAGUCUUGGAUACUACUGCUAUUGGGCAGCUAUGUUCCUAGCAUUCUAAAUUAGAACAUGAAAUGUAUUUACCCUGAGAAACAAUGUUAUGAGUGGUGAUUAGGUGUAGAUGAAAAGCACCAUGUUUCCAUCAUGUUAUUAGUUAAAUAGGUAUUUGUAGGUCAGCCUGGCAACCUAACCACCAUGUAUUAAAUUAUUUUCAUUGGGAAAUAUGUUCCAAAUUCCAGCCUUUUAACUACAUAUAAAAUUUGAAUCACAAAUUGCUAAUAAGCUGGAGACUGCUUGUAACACACACACAUUCUCUACAUACACAUAAUACACAUAGUCAUAUAUUUAAUGUCCUGAUGUUAGAUAUUUUGACUUUAAUCACAUAUGUAUAGAUAUAAGCAACCCUCCUCCCCAAGUACAUAAAUGUAUAUGUAUGCGUACAGAUAGCUAUAUCCCUGCAUAAUUCUCAGUAUACAGAUUAUGAAAUCAAAAGAAAGUGUUCAUAAUUUAAGUCAGUGUCAUAUCUAGGUAAAAUGAGAUAUCUUAUUUGAUUCAUGAUGUGUGGCUUAAAAAAUCAAGAUUGAUGAACUUGAUAUUCAAAUGAGAGAUUCCCUCCAAUUUUUUUUACUUUGGGAGGUUAUACACAUGCUAUGAUGCUACUUCUAUUGUUGGGACUUUCUUGUAGAAAAGCCUGCAGAGUCAGAAGAAAAGCAUUCUCAAGCAUUUUUUAUAAUCAGCUCUUGUUUUUGAGUGGGAUUUGAUUUUAUUUGACCUGUCCUAUCCCUGGUAUUUCUAGAACUUCUCUCCAAAAUGACAUUUGACUAUUUCCCCCAAAAGCAAACUUUAUUUUCAAAGAAAAAUGAUUUGUUACUAUUGAGGUAUUUCAAAAGAAUAUGCUGUAGAUUCUGAAAUAGAAAUUUAAUGAAUGAUUUGAGUAAGGUAAAUAGCUUUAUUGAAAUGUGGCUAAUCUUCUAAGGCAACUACUUUGAAAGGGACAGUACUUAUUCUGAUAUAUACUACCUAGUCUGCUUACUUAAAAAUGAUUCAUGGGGGCAGAUAGGUGGCUCAGUGGAUUGAGAGCCAAGCCUAGAAACUAGAGGUCUUGGGUUCAAAAUUGACUUCAGACACUUUCUAGCUGUGUGACCCUAGCAAGUUACUUAACCCCUUUUGCCUAGUCCUUAUUCUUCUGCUUGGAAUCAAUCCCUACUGUUGAUAAAGGUUUAAAAAAUGACUCAUUGCAAUUGGUCAUAUGUCAUUUUCCAGUUCAGUAAAUAUUGAAUGUCUAAACAUGUGUAAGGCCUUAAAAACAGUGCUUUAAGUUUGUAUGACACCUUGUAAUUUUCAGAUUGCUUUCAUAAAUAUUUCAUUUGAUCUUUAUAACACUGUGGCUUGUGAGAUAGAUAAGUGGUGUUAUCUUCAUUUUACAGAUGAGAAUAUAAGUUCAGUGAGAGUAAGUGAUCUGAUCAAACUUACACAAGUUAAUUGUUGUAGUUAUAGGAGUCUGGGCUCAAACUUCAUAGAUGAUAUCUUACAAAAUAGUAACAUUAUGAAUUGUGAUUCAUUAGAAACAGCAUGAGGUGUUAGAUAGCUAGCUGUGGAGGCAAAAAACUCUGAGAAGUCCAGCUUCUGACACAUACUGGCUAUGAUUUUGUGCAAAUCACUUAAACUCUAUUCUCUUAGUAAUUCUGUUUAGACUCCUUAGUUGCAGAGAAGGUGCUGGCUUGAAUUAUUAGACAAUUCAUCCCAUAAUUUUCUGUCUUAGUAGUUCUCAAACGUUUUGGUCUCAGGACCACUUUACUCUAUUAAAAAAUAUUGAGGACUUCCAAAAAAGGUUUGUUUAUGUGAUUUAUAUCUAUCAAUAUCUUCCAUAUUACAAAUGAAAAUAUUUUGUAUUAUUAUGAAAAUUAUUUUUAUCUUUAUUGACUUCCUGAAAGGGUCUCAGAGACCCCAAGAUAGGUCCUGGACUGUGCUUUGAGAGCUGCUACUUUUGAAAUAACAACUUCAGUCUUUAUCCUUAUCAUGGAUAGAUUGUACAUUGAUUUAUGAUUAUAUGCCUCAAGAAAACUUAUUUUGAGUGACUACCAUAGUUAAACUAUUAGAAAAUGAAAAUGUGUUUGUCUUUAACUAUUUCCUCAUUUCACAGAAGGGAUCCAAACUAACACAUCUGAUCAAAGCAAGAAAUUUUAAUUAAAUAAUUUUUCUUAAUAGUUAAAAAUAUAAAUGUUUACACAAUGAAUAAGCUCUUUGUUCUUUCCUGUUGAAAUAUGUGCUUGGACAUAAAAGGUACACAAACAUACACAUGUAUAGGGGACAUUUAAUCAGACCAUAUGUAAUGUCUCCCCAUUAACCAACAAGCUUUUGCCUGAAUCUGUAGGAUUUACAUGGAGCUGUUCAAAACCAUCAGUCAUUCAUUUUUAUUUGAGUCAAGUAGAAUAAACAUGUCUAAGUGAAUACUAA